AAUUCUUCCAAAAAGAAAUGUCCAAUCUUCGUGUUGGCCAAAUGUUUUUGUGAACGAGUUUGUCGGAUUUAUAAAAUAGAGGCAGAGAAGGAAGGAGGGCAAGAUACUCAAAGACGGGCGAUACUCGAGAAGUCUUCACGUAUACAUGUAAAGUGACUUCCAACAUUCAUCAGAACAAAGGAAAGGAAAGAAAGGGGAAAAAAAAAAAAAAAAGCUAAACGAGCGAAUGGGGCAUCAGAAUCAUGAACGCAAAGCGGUCCUUUAGUCCUCUUCAUCGUGUCUUCGACACCGAAAAUCUCGGGAUGCCCGCUUUCUGUUUCUCUCUCUAGGUUUUGCCAUCCCUGUGCUUUGCCUACAAUUUUCACAGUACACUCUCUCUCUCUCUCUCUUCGCUCACUGACAUGUUCUAGUUCCGGAAUUUCCAGAUUCAUCCGAAUUCAAGAAGUAAAUUAAAUGUUCCUUGGGAUUUUUCUGGUGAAAGACGGUGCCUCGAUUUCCAUGAUUUCUGGGAUGAAUUCCUUAUUGAGCAAAACUUCUAGACUCUAGUGAUUGGUGAAAUAAAAUACCUGAUAUAGCGGGCUUGAGAAACCUAAAAAAUGGAAGCUACAAGGUGCUGGUUUAAUAAGUUCAAGUCAAAGGACAAAAUGAAGUCUCCGAAGAACAAGGAAUCUACAGCUUCUGUAAAAGAAGGGUCAAGACCCCCAACAAAUGAAGAAGCACCAUCAAACGUGACCAAACAGAGGGCUGCAGCUGCAAAGCAGUACAUAGAAAAUCAUUACAAGAAGCAGAUGAAGAACCUGGAGGAGAGGAAGGAGAGACGUAAUUUGCUGGAGAAAAAGCUGGCUGAUGCUGAAGUCUCUGAAGAAGAGCAGAACAACUUGCUUAAGUAUUUGGAGAAAAAGGAGACAGAAUAUAUGCGCCUUCAAAGGCAUAAGAUGGGAGCUGAUGAUUUUGAGCCAUUGACUAUGAUAGGGAAGGGUGCGUUUGGAGAGGUUAGAGUCUGCCGAGAGAAGGGAACUGGCCAUGUAUAUGCUAUGAAGAAGCUCAAGAAAUCUGAGAUGCUUCGUAGAGGCCAGGUUGAACAUGUAAAAGCUGAAAGGAAUCUACUUGCAGAAGUUGACAGCAAUUGCAUAGUAAAACUUUACUGUUCCUUUCAAGAUGAAGAGUAUCUAUAUCUCAUUAUGGAGUAUCUCCCUGGUGGGGAUAUGAUGACUUUGCUGAUGCGGAAGGAUACACUGACAGAAGAUGAGGCUAGAUUCUAUGUUGGGGAGACUGUCCUAGCGAUUGAAUCAAUUCAUAAACACAAUUACAUUCAUAGAGACAUCAAGCCAGACAACUUGUUGCUAGAUAGAUAUGGUCACAUGAAGUUAUCAGAUUUUGGAUUAUGUAAACCACUAGACUGCAGUAAUCUUCAAGAAAAGGAUUUUUCCGUUGGAAGCAAUUUGAGUGGAGCUCUCAAGAGUGAUGGACGUCCUGUGGCACCUAAACGUACUCAACAGGAACAGCUUCUGCAUUGGCAGAAAAAUAGACGGAUGCUUGCCUAUUCUACAGUUGGAACACCUGAUUAUAUUGCCCCUGAAGUUCUUCUGAAGAAAGGAUAUGGGAUGGAGUGUGAUUGGUGGUCUUUGGGUGCUAUAAUGUAUGAAAUGCUUGUGGGGUAUCCACCCUUUUAUUCAGAUGAGCCGAUGUCAACUUGUAGAAAGAUAGUAAAUUGGAGAACUCAUUUAAAAUUUCCAGAGGAAGCUAAGCUAUCUGCAGAGGCAAAAGAUCUUAUUUGUAGACUUCUAUGUAAUGUGGACCAGCGACUUGGCACUAAAGGGGCUAAUGAAAUAAAGGCUCAUCCAUGGUUCAAGGGUAUCGAAUGGGACAAACUGUACCAAAUGAAAGCUGCAUUUAUUCCUGAGGUCAAUGAUGAAUUAGAUACUCAAAAUUUUGAGAAGUUUGAAGAGGUUGACAACCAAAUUCAGCCUUCCUCAAAGUCAGGCCCAUGGCGAAAGAUGCUGUCAUCUAAAGACAUUAACUUUGUUGGAUACACUUAUAAGAACUUUGAAAUCGUGAAUGAUCAUCAACUACCUGGAAUUGCUGAAUUGAAGAAGAAGAGCACAAAACCUAAAAGACCGUCUAUUAAGACUCUGUUUGAUGAUGAGUCAACUAUGGAUGCCAAGAAACCAGUCCAAGGGAGCUUUUUAAACCUUCUACCUUCUCAACCGGAAGUUCCUGAGAAAAGUGAAUCACAAUGAUCUUAACUAACACUUUGCAUGACCUUUAUUAGAUGACAAGGGAGAUACUGCCAGGUGCUGGGUGGUUACUGAUUGUUUCAUCUUUUUCCUGCAUUCUUUUGUUAAUUUGGCGUGGAUAGUUUUGGGAGUGAAGGCCCCAAAACUAGUCGAUUUGGAGAACAAAGGUUUUGGGAUGACUGGUUAUUUGUCUGUCUGUGCAAAAGGUCUUCAUAAGUAUAUAUAUAUUCUUCAAAGUUUAGUUUAUGUUCUCGUUUUUCACCUUUUUAUUAAGCUUCGGUAUUGGUGAUCAAUGUCCAAGUUAUUUUAUUUUCUGUAAUUAUGUAACUUCUGAGAUUUUGUAAGGAUGGGCUAUUCACACGAGUGCUUGUCUUUGUUUAUCAUGUAGAAAUGGGUCGGCAUUCUCGUUGAUAUCUGUCUCAACCUGCAUCAAUGAAUAUUCAAAACCUGCCCUCAAAGUCUCCCACUCCCACUUUCCUCUUUCGUGCAUUUAAUUCUUGAUUAGUGUAAGAUUCCUACAUUACAGUUGUAUGAAAGAUGAUGCAAUGCUUUCAAAGUUAUCUUGAUUUUC